GUGCACUACAAGAUCCAAGAAACAUGAAGACCCCGACCCUCCUGUGUCUCUGUUUCUUAAGUUUCAGAUACAGUUUGGCAGCCAGCUCUGUGGAAGAUGUGUACGAAUAUCUGUGGGAGAAGAAUAAAGACAUCGCCAAUAAGACCCUCGGGACUGACUUCCUGAUACAGAUGCAGAACGGCAGCCUUCAGGCGGAGCGAUACGUCAACUUCACCAUACAGGACAUCGGCUAUCUACUGAAAGUGACCAGAAUGCUGAAGAGAUUGAGUGGAAAAGAAACUCAGCCCGCUGAACUCAGGGACUUCAUGAAAGGCAGAUACUCAAGCUACAAAAGCUUUGCAGACUUCAUGCUCAAACAAUAUUUUUUCAAGGGUGAGCCUCCCAUCCAGCAGACUCCAGCUAUGAGGAAGUAUCUGUCGUUCUACAGAAACCUGCUGGAAAAAGAAGAUCCGCUGUACUUUGCUGUGGGUCUCCUGCCCUGCUCUAGACUCUGGGUGUGGUUGAGUAAUAAUCUCAGCACACCUCCAACCAAUGCCUACUACACUUGGAAGGUGGAGAAUAUGGGCGGCCAUCCCGAGAAACACUACAGAGCUCUGCUGAACCAGUAUCUGGACACACCUGUAAAAGUGUCCAAGGCUAAUGCUAUAUUCCGUACACAGAUGCAGAAUGAGCAUGAUUUCUUCUUCUCAUCUUGAG